UCGCCCCCUUCCGCCGCCGCGCAGCCGUGGCCGGUGGCCCGUGACCGUGAGCACGUGACGGAGCUGACGUUUGGAACCAUUCACAUCGAACGUGGGCCACAUGGGCCCUGCUCAAUCGGGCCCAACCACCACUCCAGGCCGCUGAUCUGUCAACGCCUCUCGCAUUCAACCCACACACUGACACACCAACCGUUGGUGCGGUGCCUAGAGGUGAAUGAAGACGUGCAUCCUGCGGCAACCGCACUUCCAUCUCCCUCGCCUAGGCCACACCCCGAGCCCCGACCCACCAUGGCCGACUCCGGCGCCAGCGACGACGAGGUCCUCUUCGAGAUGGCGCAGUUCAUUCGCGUCUACAAGAGCGGCCGCGUGGAGCGCUACUUCGGCUCCGACCCCGUCCCGGCCUCCACGGACGCCGCCACGGGCGUCGCCUCCAAGGACCGCGCCAUCUCCCCCGACGUCGCCGUCCGCCUCUACCUCCCGCCGGCAGCUAAAGAAACCGAAGACGACGGUGGGAGCAGGACGAAGCUCCCAAUCCUCGUGUACUUCCACGGCGGCGGCUUCUGCCUCCAUACCGCCUUCAAUUUCGUCUUCCACGCGUACCUCACCUCCCUUGCCGCGCGGACCCGCGCCAUCGUCGUCUCCGUCGAAUACCGCCUGGCCCCAGAGCACCCGCUCCCCGCCGCCUACGACGACUCUUGGCAGGCGCUGCGCUGGGUGGCCUCCCACGCCGCCGGAUCCGGCGGCGAGGAGCCCUGGCUCGCCGACCACGGCGACUUCUCCCGCCUGAGCGUCGGCGGCGAGAGCGCCGGCGCCAACGUCGCGCACCACAUGGCGAUGCGCGCCGGCACCGAGUCCCUCCCGCACGGCGCCCGAAUCAGCAGCGCCGUCAUCGUCCACCCUUACUUCCUGGGCGCCGGCAGGGUGGCGUCGGAGGAGACCGACCCCGCGAUGGCGCAGAGCGUGGCGACCAUGUGGUGCGUGGUGUGCCCGGGCACCACGGGCGUGGAUGACCCCUGGGUCAACCCGCUGGCGGCCGGCGCGCCGGGGCUGCAGGGGCUCGCGUGCGCGCGCGUGCUCGUGUGCCUCGCGGAGAAGGACGUGGUCCGCGACCGCGGCCGCGCGUACGCCGAGGGGCUCGGGGCCAGCGGGUGGGCCGGGGAGGUGGAGGUGCUGGAGGUGGCCGGGCAGGGCCACUGCUUCCACCUCGUCGACUUCGCGUGCGCCGGCGCCGUCGCGCAGGAUGACGCCAUUGCCAGAUUUGUUAACCUGUAAAUCAUCAUGGGUCAGCAGUUGCAUCCUCAAUGAUUCGCGGCGAAUAUGCCUGAAAACCUGCGGGCGAAUUCGCUGUUGUUGUUUGCUCAUACGGAUUUUUUUUUCUUUCGAAACUUUGAUUGUUGCUGAUACAUUCGCGGAGAAUUUUCGGCCGCUUCUAUUUCUGAACAUUUGAUGAACCAAACUUGAUCAAGAACUUUUCUGUGUUCUGACCAAAACGAGGCACAAGAUUGCAACAA